AUGCUUCCGACGGAAUCCUUCGACUACCAAACCUUAUACAAAAGGGAGCCUUCUAAACGGUAAAUUCUAAAUUAAACUUUUGAAUGAUAUUAUUCAAAAUAUUCAGUUUUAUUACGAUUAGUUAAACUUUACGUUUCAGGGUCUUUGUGAACAGAAACCUAAGGCUGGACAAGAUCAAGUUCUUUGGAUUUGACAUGGAUUACACUUUGGCAGGUAAUUAUAUGUUAGUUUUAUUAUUUUAUAUUAUAAAGCGAAAGAAAUGAACGUUUGAAACGUUAAGAAGACUUACAAUGUUUUAGUAUAGACGAACCUUUGUUUCAGAGUACAAAUCGCCGGCUUUGGAAGAGAUGACCUUUGGUCUCGUAGUUCAACGACUCAUUGACAUAGGAUAUCCAGAACAGUUCAAGAAGUUCAAAUACAACCCUAUCUUUCCAGUCAGAGGCCUUUGGUUCGACUAUCACUACGGUAACCUCCUGAAGGUCGAUGGAUUCGGCAACAUUCUUGUAGCCGUUCAUGGAUUCAACUUUUUGAAACCGUACGUAUAUUUUGUUUCAGAUUGGUGUUUGUGUACUUUUGUUGUGAAACCAUGUAAACAAGUAGUUGAAAGUUGUUUACACGUUACUUUAGGUAUUGUUUAUAGGUAUAGAUUUUUCGGUUUUUAUGAUAAGAGAAGUUCAACUGUUAAACAGCUUUGUUUUAUACAUUAUAUUUGUCAUUAUUAGCAACACACUGAUAAUAAACUUCAUGAAACGUCUAAACCUAAACUCUUGUUAACGUUCGUACUGUUACAGAAAUGAGAUCGAAGAAUGUUAUCCCAACAAGUUCUUACACUUAUCAGACAAACGAGUAUUCGUACUGAACACUUUGUUCAACUUGCCAGAGACUUACUUGUUGGCCUGUUUGGUGGACUACUUUGACAACUCAACCGACUAUCAGAAGACGUCAGACAGAACUGGAGUCAAGAGUGGCGAAGUUGUCAUGUCCUACAAGUCCAUCUUCCAAGACAUCAGAGGAGCGGUCGAUUGGGUUCAUUCGUCUGUAAGUGUUCAUUUCCGAUUUUUUAAAAUUUUGUUUAUAUUUGAUAUAUUACUGUUUAUUUUUGUAAUUAUGACGUCAAUACCAUCUUUACUAUUUUUAUAGUUUUGAAUACUAUUUCUGGGCAAGCUUAAAACGUAGGAUGACAAAAUUAAGAGACAUUCGCAGUAAACAUGUAUUUUUAGAGCGAUAUGAAGAAGAACAUCCUCAAUAAUCUGGACAAAUAUGUUGUCAAAGACAGUCGAGCUGUAGAAUUACUGACACAGUUGCGGGCAGCUGAUCGCAAGACAUUCUUAUUAACUAACAGCGAGUAUUCUUACACUAAUGUAGGUUGUUAUACCUAUUUUCAUCACAUUUUGCAAGGUUUUUAGGUACCAAGUUAGUAAAGCAAUACUUAAAGUCUGUAAUUAUAUUGCCAUUUCAGGGAAUUAUGAGUUAUAUUUUGGGUGAUGACUGGACUUCGUACUUUGACAUUACAGUAGUCGAUGCCAGGAAGCCUUUAUGGUUUGCAGAAGGUACAGUAUUCAGAGAAGUCAACACGAGGACUGGAGCGCUUAAUAUCGGAAUUCAUACUGGACCGUUGAGGAAAGGUGUUGUAUAUUCUGGAGGUACGUGACGUACCAUUUAUACCUUUUACACAAUGUUUUACAUUCCUCAGUCUUACGUACGUAAUGUUACGUGUUGGGAGUGUUUAUUAAGAGGAUCAUAUUACAAUUGUAAUCUUCUUUCAGGGUCGUGCGAUGCUUUCAGAAGAUUGGUGAAGUGCAGAGGCAAAGACGUACUGUAUAUUGGAGAUCACAUCUUCGGUGAUGUGUUGAGAUCGAAGAAGACUCGAGGAUGGAAGACUUUUUUGGUGGUGCCGGAGCUUCAGCACGAACUGACCGUCUGGACUGGCAAAAGGACUUUGUUCGAGCGAUUGGGAGAUCUGGAAGUGGCUUUGGCCAAUUUGUAUAAGGAUUUGGACAGUAAGACGAAGCAGAAGCCCGAAAUCACAGACAUCAUCGGUGAUAUCAGGGUAAGUACGGGGUUUUAGCGGUGGUGUCUACUUUUUUAUUACAACUUCUUUAAAAUAUGAUUAAUGACACUUUUCAGAACGUAACGUACGAAAUGGACCAGGAGUAUGGAAUCAUAGGGUCGUUGUUCAGAAGUGGAUCUAGAACAACAUUCUUUGCCACCCAAGUCGAGAGAUACGCAGACAUCUACGCGUCGAGUUGUUACAAUCUUGUUCACUAUCCCACUUUUUACUUUUUCCGUGCCCCGAUGAACUUGAUGAGCCAUGAGAGGACGGUGGAUCACUAUUCUACCAUGCCUGACGAAGCAAAGGACAAUAUCGGACAGAAAGGUAACUUUAUAAUAAGUUCUUGGUUCUGAUAGCACUGAUAACUAAAGAGCAAUGUUGUAUAUUAACAAUGCAAUUUCAUCUCUAAUGUAUUACUGUAAUUGCAGUGCGAGGAUGGAGCCAGAUGAUGUCUAAAUCAGGAACCUUCUGCUACGAGGAGGAGGAAGAAGAGGUAUCGUCCAACUCGGAGAACGACAGUUCUCAUGAUCACAGUGGCAGUCAGUCACAUCGGAGUGAUAAGAAGGACUCUCAUGCUGACCUGAGAGAGACUCUCAACGACUGUGACGUCCUUGUGCCUUCAGAAGGGCAUGUCGACGAUCAAAGUUAA